UAAGAAUGCUGAUGAAGAUAAGAUCAAAGAUAGGCUGGAUCAGUUGAGAUGCCACUUUACAUGGAAGUUGCUAAUUGAAGACACUGAAGUGCCUGAUUUAGAAAACAGGGUCUUCGAUGAGAUUGAGUUCCUUGACACCAAAUACAAAGGGGCAAUAUACAACCUUCUGGCCUAUGUGAAACACCUGAAAGGCCAGAAUAAGGAAGCCCUGCAGAGCUUGAAAGAAGCCGAAGACUUAAUCCAGCAAGAACACGACAAUCAAUCCGAGCUGAGAAUUCUGGUUACCUGGGGCAACUAUGCCUGGCUGUAUUACCACAUGGGCCAAUUGGCAGAAGCCAAGACUUACCUGGACAAGGUGGAGAACACUUGCAAGAAGUUUGCCAGCCCUUACUGCUAUAGAAUGGAGUGUCCUGAGAUGGACUGUGAGGAAGGAUGGGCCUUGCUGAAAUGUGGAGGAAAGCAUUAUGAGCGGGCCAAGGCCUGCUUUGAAAAGGCUCUGGAAGUGGACCCUGAGAACCCUGAAUACAGUGCUGGGUAUGCAAUCUCCACCUACCGUCUGGAUUACUUUAACAGAACAACACGGGUCAAUGAGGCAUUUUGUCUGCAGCCCCUAAAAAAGGCCAUCAGUCUAAAUCCAGAAAAUGCAUAUAUUAAAGCUCUCCUUGCUGUGAAGCUUCAGGGUGUGGGACAAGAAACUGAGGGAGAAAAGUACAUUGAAGAAGCACUGAGCAGCAUGUCCUCGCAGACCUACGUCUUUCGCUAUGCAGCCAAGUUUUACCGAAGAAAAGGCUCUGUGGAUAAAGCUCUUCAGCUCUUAAAAAUAGCUUUGCGGGCAACACCCUCCUCUUCUUCCCUGUACCACCAGAUAGGGCUUUGCUAUAGAGCACAAGUUUUUCAAAUAAAGAAAGCUUCAAACUGGCAGCCUACAAGACAGGAUAGAGAAACCAUUGACAGAAUAGCAAGAUUAGCUAUACGUCAUUUUGAAUCUGCUGUGGAACUAAAGCCCACAUUUGGACUUGCUUUUAAAGACCUGGCAGAUAUGUACAUAGAAGCAGGCGACUUGAGAAAAGCUGAAGAUGCUUAUCAAAAAGCGUUCUGCAUAAAAUCACUUGAAGAAGAAAAUCUGCAAGAGAUAUAUUUUCACUAUGGCCAAUUUCAGAAAUUUCAAAAGAAAUCUGAAGCCGAUGCAAUUAUCUAUUAUUUAAAAUCAAUAAAAAUAGGAAAGCCUUCAUUUAUAAGGGAAAAAAGUAUCAGUUCUUUGCAGAAACUGUCUUUAAAGAAACUUCGGAGAAAUGCAUCAGACAUAGAAAGCUUGAGCAUCCUUGGGUUCAUGUACAAACUGAAAGGAGAAAUGAAUCAAGCCCUGGAGUAUUAUGAGCGAGCCCUAAGGCUGGCUGUUGGCCCUGAGAACUCUAUUGGUAUAUGAGUGCUAGGUGCUGAAAUAUGGACCACUUUCACAUAUCAUUUGAUUUUAGCUUAAAAUGUACUAAUCAUCUUUUCUGCUUGCUGCUUUCAUAAACAUAUUAGAAGGCCGGCCGAGUGGCUCAGUUGGGUAAGAGUUAGCUUAAGAGCAUGAUCUCUGAGCAACAGGGACGCCAGUUCG